AUGUCUCGUGUGGCACCUCUAGUCUGGCUAAUAACUGGAGCCUCGAAUGGCUUUGGGCUGGCGCUCAGUCGGAAGGCUCUCAGAGCUGGACACAAUGUCGUCGGGACUGUGCGUAACAAGGGGCGCUCCGCGGAGGCUGUCAAGUCGAUUGAGUCUCUUGGUGGAAAGAUCAUCGAGUUAGACAUGACCGAGUCACAGAAGAGCAUUAUCGACAAGAUCCAAAAAGCCGAAACCCUAUAUGGAACGAUUGAUGUUCUUGUCAACAAUGCAGGCGACUCAGAGACCACGGUCCAGAUGCGGACCAACUUCUUCGGCCCCCUCUAUGCAAUCCAGGCGGUCCUCCCUGGCAUGCGAACUCGGCGCACUGGCACCAUCAUCAACGUGAGCAGCGUUGGCGGGCAGGAUGGCAAUCCAUCCUGCGGUCUGUACGCGGCGAGCAAGUUCGCUCUCGAGGGCCUCAGCGAGGCACUGUCGAAGGAAAUGGCCGAGUUCGGCAUCUCAACGCUCGUCGUGGAGCCGGGUCAGUUCCGAACGAACUUCCUUAAUGCGUUUGUGCUAAACGAGAGCGGGCUGAGUGAGCCAUAUCGCGGAACAGCUGUCGAUGAGGCCAUUGGGAAGUUUCAGUCAAUGGCAGGAAAGCAGAUUGGAGAUCCGGAGAAGGCUGUAGACGUCAUCUUCGAGGUCGUCACUGGAGAAGGUCUGGCGGGCUCGCUGAAGGGAAAGAUCUUGAGGCUGCCGCUGGGCAUUGAUGCCCUGAAGAGGAUCAGGGGGAAGGUCGAGCAUGUUAGCAAGGACUUGGACGCGACCUGGGAGAUAGCAACGGCAACAGCGUAUGAUUAG